AUACCCAAGAGAGUAACAAAGAAGAUCAUACCUUUUCAAGAAGAUACCAAGAAGAGCUAGGGACCUUUUCUUGUUGCUCCAUAUUUAAGGGGACGUACAAUAACAAAAAUGUCCAACUACACAAACUCGCCAUGUGCAGCAUGCAAAUUCCUCCGGCGGAAAUGCACAUCAGACUGCGUAUUCGCACCCUAUUUUCCACCGGAGGAACCUACAAAGUUUGCAAACGUCCACCGGAUAUUCGGGGCAAGUAACGUGAGCAAGAUCCUUCAAGAAGUGGCUCCACAUCAGCGGGAAGACGCAGUGAACUCGCUUGCUUACGAGGCCGAGGCGCGGCUUAAAGAUCCAGUGUAUGGCUGCGUUGGUGCGAUCUCAGUGCUCCAGAGACAGGUCUUGAGGUUGCAAAGGGAACUAGAGGAGACAAAUGCUGAUCUCAUGAGGUAUGCUAGUUGUCUUGGUGGUGAAACGACGUCGGCCUAUGGUGGGCGCAGGGGUUGAAUGGUCAACGACGGUGGUUGAUGUAUUAGUCAUCAAAUCAUCAUCACUCUUUGAGAGAAUUAGCGGCGGAGAAGUAUAAAGAGAGAUGUGUUUGAUGUGAUGGAAGUGAUGACUGAUGAGGAUAUAUAUCUUCGUAUGUAUAUAUGUCUAUAUAUAUGGGGGCAUGCAUGUAUGUAUGUAUGUAUGUGUACGUAUGUUAAUUUGUUUGCAUGUAUAUAAUUAUGGGUAUGUGUAAUUUAACUUGGGAGGUCAAGAAAUAUUUUUGUUGAUGUUGAA